AUGUCAAACCAAAGCCGAAACCUUUUGGCCAAACUUUGGACAGAGUACAGCCGAAACAGCUCGGUUAACGCUCUACGAUAUCCGUUCGAUAGUCAGUUGCCCAAAGUCGAGCGCUGGUGGUGGCGAAGUUCGAUUCUAAGUUUCAUCGCUGCCUAUUGUUUGAUAAUCGUAGCCAUCUACUUCAAGUGGAUGCUAAGUCCGGUUGUUAUCACCUACACCAGAACAAUGCAUCCGAUUUGGUCCGUCCCAUUCCCCGCAGUGACCAUAUGUCCCAUGGCCAAGGUUCGGGUCGAAGAGCUUAACCUGUCGGAUGUGAUGAUUCGUGCUGAGAAUGGUGCCCAAUUCGAGGGGGAUGAGUACGAGAAACUUUAUGCUUUGAGUCAUGUCUGUCCGUUUUUGCAAUUCUGGUUUCAGCCAAGGAAAGCGAUGAACAAAAGUUUGGUUCAAAUUUUGAACAAUAUUUCACUUCCAAUGGAAGACCUAUUCGUCAACUGCUACUGGAAAGGCACUCAUAAAGAAAUACCAUGCAACAAACUUUUGUCCCGUACCAUGACAGAUAGUGGCUUGUGUUUCACCUUCAAUGAAAUUUCCGCAGAUCACCUUCUCAGAAUGGAAAAUGUCCAUCCUGAUAGCAUUCCGAUUAAUUCUUGGACAAAGUCGUCAGAUUGGAGCAUGGAAACCGGUUAUAGCAGAAAUGCCGAAGUAGAUAACUAUCCCUAUCGAUCGAUUGGAAAAGGCUUCCCUUCCGGAUUUGCAGUAGUUUUGAAAACGAGAAAAAUCGAUAGGGAAUAUAUGUGUGAAGGCCCUGUGAAAGGGUUUCAAAUUUCGAUACAUCCUCCGGACGAGUAUUCCACGAUGACAAAUCGAUUCUAUAGGCUACCAUUUCAGCAAGCGCUGUUUCUUACGGUAAAACCAGUGCUGACGCUCAUUUCACGUGAUCUUAAGAAACAUUCUCACUCAAGGCGACAGUGCUACUUCAACGACGAACGAUUCCUGCGAUUCUUUAAAGUCUACAACCUGAACAACUGUAUGUUGGAAUGUAUGGCAAAUCUGACCGUCUCGGAUUGUCACUGUGACAAGUUAUCGAACCCAAGAAGUCCCAACACAACCCUUUGCGAGGGAAUGAAUCGAUUCUGUUCGGAAAUUGCCCAACAUAAGCUAAUGAAUCCUCAUGGCACAAUCAAUGGGAAUGAAGAGGAAAUUGGUCCGUGUUAUUGCAUGCCAAGCUGUGUCAGCUUGAGAUAUGACGUGGAGGUUUCGAGGUCACCGUUCAACCCCCACCAAUUCGUUGAUGCUAAUCAUUAUACGCGCAACCUCUACAAGCACUCCGACGAUCACGCUCUGGUGGCGGUGGGGUUCAAGAGCAAAUGGCUGCUUCCGCUGAAGCGACGCGAAUUGAUGGGACUAAGUGACCUUAUGGCGCAAAUUGGUGGACUUUUUGCGCUGAUGAUGGGAGCAAGUGUCAUCAGCCUGCUGGAGAUUGCAUAUUUUUGCAUCGUUCGGCCCUUGGUUAGAUUGUUUGGAUAUCCUAGGCAGGUGCAGCCGGUUCAACCGUGGGUUGAAUAG